AUGAAGAGCCUGGUACCACAGCUACGUCCGCCUUCUGGCCGGGAGCCACAGAUUUUGCAGGAAUGGGCAGCACGCAUCCGGCAUGAAUGCCAGUUGAGCAAUAACAGCAAGUCACAGCACUCUCACAUUUUAGGUCUCCCGCUGGAACUUAUUCUAAUCAUCGUCGAAUAUCUCUCACCCGCUGGCGCCCGAAUAUUUUCUUAUUCAUGUCGACGUUUCUUCUACCAGAGCGAUUCCUGGGCGAAUCGCGCAAUACUAUUCCCUGAAGACGUGUUCGAAUAUAUUUGCCUUCUCGAAAAAUGCGACUUUACUAGCAAGCUAGUCUGUCGCGGCUGCUCGCGCUUCCAUGACCACGAUAAAUUUUCACCGUCUGAACUAGAAAAGGACCCUACCGUGCGAUUUUGCUGUUACACAAAGCCGGUGCUUUACGUCUGUGUCCAUCACACUCUAAGCUUCAAAGACGUGGAGACCUGGAACAUAUCCCUCCGGAAUCAGGGCAGAUACCACGUACGCGGGUGGGAUGUCGGCCGGCCCUACUGCCAAACAAGUAACCCUAACUCUGGUACCCUCAGCGAACCUUGCUUUGUUGUCUCAACAGAGCGACCGGGUAUAUCAAUGCUAACAAACAUCUUCGUGCAACGAAUCUGGGAACCCAACCUUCCCAACAAGCAGCAGAUCCAAAAACGCAUGGCCACAGACGAUACGCCUGUCUGUCCACACAUGCGGCUGGACGAUCCCCGAUUCGUAGAAAGCUAUGAUCCGGAUACACUGGUUGCACGAUUCAACGCCACGACUGUCGAAAAUCAGCUGUUCGAACCCAGCAUCGAAGAUGAACUAGUGCAGUGUGGACAUCAGCACUGUGACACCGUUGCACAUUGGUCGUACCGUCGAAAUGCCAACGAACAGGGGAAUGGCAAUCUUCAAAUCUUGACCUUGAGACGCCUUGGGACGUUACCAAACCCUCAUGAUCCCAUCUGGUUAGCGCAAACCACGCCUGUGUAG